CCAAGGCGUUUGUUUGAAGGUUAACGCUAACCCGUUGUUAUAUGGGGACUCAUGUCUCCAGUAAUUUGAAGCCGUACAUUGCCAACUGCUAAUUUCAGUUAUAACAUUGCCUGAAUCUCACUCUUGCGUUAUUUAGAGUUUUCAUCAUUUGUUAUCAUCACUAGAUUUUAUUUUUUCGUCCACGGUGCCUAUAUGAAUAAACAUCGGUUGUGUACGGUCGGUUUACAGCUAAUUUCAUGGAGACGUUAUAAUUAAGCAUCAACAAUAAAUGAGAUCACUUAGAAGCUCAUUUACUUAUAACUGCGAUUCAUCUGUCCUGUAAUUAUGUGGUAUCACGUUUAUAAGCUGCACUAAAUGAAGGGUGUAACUAUUCCAGAUAGAAAUGGCGAUAUCCAAUAUUGUUUCAGAAGUUGGAGUUUUUCUUCUUAGAAUUUAUGUUCUUGUCGUUUGGAAUAUAAUAAUAUUAUAUCAAAUCCUGCGUAGAAAAAGAGACUGUUGGAUUCGCAUAAAUGACCUGCGUGUAGUUCAUGAGAAUCAAGGCUUCUUAGUUAUAAAUAAGCAUCCUGAGUUACUUAUAAACUGCACAACCCCAUGGAUUAACUGUCUAACUCUACAAAUGCAGUUGUUCUACAACCGUCCACACUAUGUUAACUGGAAACUGAAAAAUAUGUUUCAUUUUGUCCAUCGACUCGAUUGUCCAACAAGCGGUUUAAUAUGCAUCGCUUAUGAUACAAAAGUUGCAAGUAUGAUCAGGCGUGCAUUUGAGAAAAGAGAAGUCAAGAAGUAUUAUUUAGCUAUAGUUUGGGGUUACGUUGGGUCAUUUUGUGACUCAGAUUUAUCAUCAUCAUUCGUCAAACAUGAAUCAAAGCUUGUACAUCAUAUCCAAAUGCCAAUUGGUUCAUUUCGAUAUAUUUGGCCAAACACUGGACGCAAACAAAAGAUAAUUGUUCCUAUUACACAUCCAGAAUGUCAUAGACCACGUGAAUCUUUAACAACAGUUAUUGUUUUGGACUAUGGCAAAUUAAUGGGUGAACCAGCCACACAUGUACUUCUUAUUCCUAAAACUGGUCGUCGUCAUCAAUUACGUGUACAUUGCGCAAUUGGUCUCGGUCAUCCAAUCGCUGGUGAUAUCACCUACGUUCGUCGUCCAUUCGAUCAUCCUAAUAUCGUUUACCUGAAUGACGUUUAUACAAUGCAUAAUGUUAACUUGGAUUAUAAAUUAAAACAUAUGAUGUUACAUGCAUAUACUAUGAAAAUAAAUUUACAAGUAAACGGUAAAGAGAAGAAUGAUAAUAUAUGUGCUAACAAGCAUUCGUAUCAAUUACCUGAAGAGAAAGAAUAUCAAUUUCAAACAAAUAAUAAUCCAUUUUUCAAUCUAAACGAUGCUUAUCUAUGGCAGAAAGAUGAAGAAAGUGAAAAGAUGAUGAUGAUGACAACGGGGCAAAGGACGACACUCCAUACAUUGGAAGAAUAUAUACUGAACAAUGCUUAUUAGGAAAUUUAUGGUACUAAAUGAGUUGUAAUGUGUGUAAAUGAACCUGUCAGAGUCUAUUAUUUUGCAUACAAAUGGGAUUUUUUCUGAGAAAACGAUCUUAUUCAUUUCAACAUCCAGGAGGAAUAGUUAUAAAGAAAUCUAUUUAAACAUGGUGUAUAAUCUCUUUAAGGAUACUAUCCUAACGAUCAAGAAGCAAAACAAAACCAAUCUGAAAAAUACGGUUCUUCUAAAAAAAAUGAAAUAAUUUUUCAGACCACGAUGUAUCCAAGUCCCAAUAAAUCCGCUACAGAGAAACUUUCGAGUAAAGAUGAAGUCACAAUAUUGUAGUAUGAUCAAAAAAUAGCGCGGGGAUUAAUCAGGCAGGAAUUUUAAGAAAUAUUCAGAAACUAACGUACAGUUAGAUUUGCCGUCGUCCAUCGAACAUGUUCAUGAACUCAAUCAGAAUUUUACAAACACUAUUAAUUUUAUCGCUUAAUGAGUAUUCAAUACGUGUAUACCCCGAAGCAAAUCGAUCGGUAGGAGAACUCCGAAUCUUUUGGACACGUUUCUAAGACCUUGUGCUUAAGAGCAAUAAAUGUACCAAGCAGUGAUCCCCUGAGAUCUAGUUAACACAUCACACUGAACUCCUAAGGUAUGUAGAAAACAAGCACUAAUUCAAAAUUCUGAGUUCAAAAGCAGACGGUUGUUAAUCUUUCUUUGCUCAGUUGACAAAACCCCUUUUUGAACACAUUGCUGUUUCCUGAAUCUAUGGUUUUUAAACAAGCCGAAAUUAGUGCUAAUUACCACUACCCAGUGUUGACUUCAUCUAAUAACCACUGUAAAUUCAAACUAUAUAGAGCUUCGCUAAUACCUUGUUCUUUUUGUGACAAACGAAGCCUUUUGUUGCUUAAGUGUUGCAUUUUAAUAAGAUUUCUUUAAACUUUGUUUUCAGAAUUUUCGUUGCACUGUAACAACUUGUGUUCGCACAAAAUCCUUGACUACGUUUGAUUCUAUAAGUAUGGUAGACCCCAAUUAUAAUUUCGAUUCUGAAAUAUUGCAGAUUUUAAGCACC